AGAGACUCAAGGGAAGGCCGCCUUUACGUCCGGGUUACCCGGCUGUCUCUCCUGAGGCGGGAGAGCGACGCGUUUCGAGGUUUUUGCGGCGGUCUUCGCUGGCUCGAAUAAGUGUGGGCCUCUUCGUUACCUCCCAAAGCAAAAGAGACUCAAACGGGCCUGUUUCUCUUGAGUCGCUGCGUCGGGCGUUCAAGCUUUCGCCUUCAGAAGAUUCUUUCCCGUAGCGCUGAGUCUUUGCCUGCAGAGAAAAAGAGCAGUGGAUUUCUCUCCAGCAAUGUUGGAGAUUGAGGAGAAUCUACAAGCAGCUUUCAAAAAGCUAAGAGUUGAUGCAGAAGGAUCCACUGCUUCUCUGUCUGUGAAUGAGGUGACAUCUCUGAGACCGCUUGUUAGACCUACAGAUGAAACUAAACUGAAGAACGUGGGUGCAUCUAAAGACAGCUGGCACUGUUGCUUGAGGAAACCCUUGAGAGGAACUGCGAGAACACAGCGGCGGCGGCGGUCAAAAUCUCCAGUACUUCGUCCUCCCAAGUUCAUUCACUGCAGUGAUCAAACCUCUUCUUGCAGCCAGCCACUGUCCAAGAAUUCCACCAGCCCCUCUGAAAGUAACCCUGGCCCAGAUAUAACAGCUCCAAAGGAAUUCUCUAAGAUUGAGCAAGCCAGUCAUCUUCUCAGUGACGCUGAUCCGAAGCAAAACAGUACUGAGCAAUCCAGAGCAUCAACCGUAGAAAUGCCAAAAAACAAACCUGAAGAUGGCGCCAUUUCUCUUUCCACAGCUAUUCUAAAAGCCACAGAUUUUGUAGAUUUCCAGUCUGUGUCUGAGCAAAAUAAAGGCAGUCUCUGUGCGUGUACAGGCAAGACCUGCCAGUGUCAGCGAUGGCAGGACAUGAAAGUAUACAUGUUUUCUGACCUGCAAAACUCUCUUCCAUCAGCUCCUGAAAGAGCAACACAGGCGCAGGAUAACUCCCAGGUCCUUCUUUCAAAAACUCCCUCCGGCUCUCUUAAGUCUUGCUCUGAACAGGCCAGGGCUAAUGUGGAUGAUGUGACUAUUGAAGACCUUUCAGGGUAUAUGGAGUAUUUCCUUCACAUCCCCAAGAAAAUGUCCCACAUGGCGGAAAUGAUGUAUACCUGACCACAGUGGGCUGUAAUGCAGGGCUAUGGUAUUGGCCCUUGGUCACGUUUCAUCUGAGAGACAUUUGCUCUCUGUGCUCUUAAUAAAGACAUCUCUGCAUCACAUUCAGCCUUUUAGUUUUCCAUUCACGUUAAUUUAAGAGUCACAAAUCCAAAACCAGAUGACUUCUGAAUGCAACAAGCAAGAUCAGGGCAUGAUAUUGCCUUAUAGAGUAUCUGCUUAAUGAAUGAGUAGCUUGGAUAAAUGACUAAAAUGUUCAGAAUGUGGAAUGGUGCAAUUGGCCUUGGCAGUCCAGAAUUAAAGUUCCUCUCUCUGUA